UUCUCUGCGUCUCAUCACCUGUGCAGGAGGGAGGAGCCCGGACAGGAGGGUAUAUAAUGUAAAUAGGUGCAGGCAGGCUGAGGAUGCAGGGACGCUGCCAGGUGUAGGAAUAACGUGCUCAACAUGGGUAACUGGAUUAUCAACAAUGGACUUACGUCCUUCAUACUGGUGGUCUGGAUGGGCAUCAACACCUUUCUCUUCGUCUGGUUUUACCUCUUCUACGAUUUGGGGGAUCAGUUUUUCUACACGCGACAUCUUCUGGGGUCUGCCUUGGCCUGGGCCAGAGCUCCUGCAGCUGUCCUCAACUUUAACUGCCUGCUGAUCCUCCUGCCUGUGUGCAGGAACCUGUUGUCUCUGUUCAGAGGCUCCUUCAUGUGUUGUGGCAGAACAAUGAGGAAACAACUGGACAAAAAUCUGAGUUUCCACAAGCUGGUGGCAUACAUGAUCGCACUGAUGACAGCCGUUCACAUGAUUGCCCAUCUGUUGAACGUGGAGUGGUACAACAACAGCAGGCAAGGAGUGUAUGACACGCUCAGCACCGCUCUGUCCAACCUGGAGGACACGGACAACACCACCUACCUGAACCCCAUCCGCACGACAGACCUCGAUCCGCAACAGAUUCCGACCUACUUCGCCUUCACCACCAUCGCUGGUCUCACGGGCGUCAUCAUCACCCUGGCCCUCAUCCUCAUCAUCACCUCCUCCAUGGAGGUCAUCAGACGCAGCUACUUUGAGGUCUUCUGGUACACCCAUCACCUCUUCAUCAUCUUCUUCGCCGGACUCGUCUUCCACGGAGCCGGACGCAUUGUGAGGAGUCAACAGAAAACAGAUCCCCCGCAUAACACCACCUUUUGUAAAGACCACCCUGAAGACUGGGGACGGAUCCCUGAGUGUCCAAUCCCUCAGUUUGCAGGAGGGUUCCCACAGACCUGGAUGUGGGUAAUUGGUCCAAUGGUCCUGUAUCUCUGCGAACGUCUGCUGCGUUUCAUCCGAUACAUGCAGACAGUCAGAUACAGGAAGAUCGUGAUGCGGCCGUCCAAAGUGCUGGAGCUGCAGCUGGUGAAGAACGGUUUCAAGAUGGAGGUGGGUCAGUACGUCUUCAUCAACUGCCCGGCCAUCUCUCAGCUGGAGUGGCACCCGUUCACCAUGACCUCCGCCCCCGAGGAGGACUUCUUCAGCAUCCACAUCCGCUCUGCGGGGGACUGGACCGACAAACUCAUCGACAUCAUGCAGAAGCUGCCGGAGGGAGCGCAGGGACCAAAAAUGGGUGUGGACGGACCCUUCGGCACAGCCAGCGAGGACGUAUUUGACUACGAGGUCAGCAUGCUGGUCGGUGCCGGCAUCGGAGUCACCCCCUUCGCCUCCAUCCUCAAGUCCAUCUGGUACAAGUUUAAAGAGUCCAACCCGAAACUACGGACCAGAAAGAUCUAUUUCUACUGGCUCUGCCGGGAAACACACGCCUUCGAGUGGUUCGCCGACCUCCUCCAGGUGCUGGAGAAAGAGAUGGAGGAGAGAGGCAUGGGGGAUUUCCUCACUUACAAACUCUAUCUGACCGGAUGGGAUCAGGUUCAUGCUGAUCAUGUGAAGGUUCGCUUUGAUCAGGACACAGAUGUGGUCACUGGGCUCAAACAGAAAACUCACUAUGGCAGACCCAUCUGGGACAAGGAGUUUGAACAAGUUCGCAAAGAGAACCCCACGUCUGUGGUGGGAACUUUCCUAUGUGGCCCAGAAGCUCUCGCUAAAGUCCUGGAGAAGAAAUGUGCCAAAUACUCAGACGUGGAUCCUCGGAAGACCAAGUUUUACUUCAACAAGGAGAACUUCUGAGCAGAGGAACGGCAGGAGAGCAGUGUGUUGGGAUUUUUGAAGAUGUUUUUUUUUUUUUUUUCCCCGUUCAUCGUGUACUAACUUAAGACAACAGCUGAUGUCAAAGCUGCCUGACAGCCUGAGACACUACACUGCUGCAUGUUAAUAAUAUUUCUGUACUACUCAGGGACUGACUUUCCCUCUUUUCCUUCCUUUAACCUUAACUCCACUGGGAUUCAUGGCUUAUAAGGUCAAUUACAGCUGUAAACUCACUGUAUCACUAACUGUCUGGUGAAGCCCUUGUAGUUCCUGAUGGUCUGAUACUUGAAAAUGAUCAUAAGAAGAAUUUCACUGAUGGGACUUUGAGGGUUUUUGUCUCUGUUGUACACUUAAAAUGGAAAACUACCUUUUUAUUGCACAAAGUCAGAUUGACAAUUAAAUGCACUACUAUCAGGUACAUACUGUAAUUUACAGUUGAUUACUAUAGCUCCAUUAUCGAAUAAACUGCUUGUUACUUUCUUGUGUGAAUGUAAGAAAACAGUAAAAACUGCCUGUCAUAGUUAUUUUAUAUCUGAAUUUUUCUGUUUGUUUUGUUGUUUUAUCAGUUUUGACUUUCCAAAACUCAAAGACUGACUUAACACUAUCACUUAAAACACAGAAAAGCAGCAAAUAAUCACAUUUAAAGCUUUCAGGCAUUUUUUUUCCUUCAGAAAAAUGACCAACAAUUACAUCAGUAUCAAAAUUGUUAUUUAUUUUCUGGAUUGACUAGUUGUUUUAGCUCUAAGUCAACAUAUUUCAUCUGUCUUGAAUGUAUAUGUACCCCUCAUUACAGAGAAUUUGUCACUAAUCAAAUAUACUGUAAAUAACCAAUAGUGUGUUCUUUAACCAGAUACAUAUUAAUGUGUUACAAGCCACAAAAACUAUUGUAAGCUCUAGAUAAUGUUGUGUGAACUUGCGUAAACAUUUUUUCUUGCUUGGUUUUGGAUUUUUUUUUUUUUUUUUUGGUUAAGGAAACAUGUUUCUUGGAAACAUGGUUUAUUAUAACCUGUCAGAUUGGUUGUCAUUUCCUUAUCUGAGCGAUAAGACGUAAACCAGAAGGAAGACGUUAGUCACGUAGUCUGUGGUUAAUUGUUUUUGAAAUACGUGGGAGUAGUUGUGGCAUUAUUUUCAAUGCUUUUCUUGUACAUUCCAAACUCCUUUUGAAUAAAUGGAUAAGAGCA